AUGCGUAUGUUCUGGCACAUUGCUAAAUGCUAACGUUAGCUUAAGUUUUAGCCGCAUCUAAACGAGCUUAUAUUAAGUUAUAAAAUUUGCAUAGCCAAAAAUCUCAAAUUUGAUUGGUUACAGAAAGAUAUGUGCUAAUAAGGUGCAUAAUAGCGACCUAAGUGUAGAUUUUACUGUUAGGUGGACAGAUGAAGAUAAUUCUAUUAUUCAAUAUAAAGAGGGUAAUACUCAUGAUGGGUGCGCGGAAAUAGCAAAGCGCUAUAGUUAAUAUAAUAAAGAUAUAUAAUUAUGUUGCUAUUAACUGAUCUUAAAAGUAUAGAUCAUGCAUUCCGCAUUGAAAUAAUGACUACAAGAUUGAAAUGGACAUGUCACAAUUCGACGUACAUAAAAUUAAAUGUUCAAACAUUGUUGUACCAGGACAAAAUUCCAUUCGCAUUACACGUUGCAUGAAACAAAUUUGGUAGAUUUUGCAUGAACAUAUAUAUGAACAGAACCGUCUACGAAAGAAUAAAAGAAUGAUUGAAUAGAUAUACAAACGAACUCCUACAGUAUUCAUCUCAAUGUCAUAACUGAGGGUGGGAAAGGGUAUUUUCGUGAGCCGUGAAUGGUCAAUAUUUGUUCGCGUGAAAUGUGAAAUGCUUCAUUUUAGUGUCGUGAAACGUGAUUUAUUCUACAGCCGUGAGGCGUGAUUGUUGAUAAAAAUGCUCCGUGAAAUGAGAAUUAAGGAUCCCUGUUUCGUGAACUGUGAUUAUUAUAGUGAUUAUUAUAAUAAACAUGACACGCGAUAAUCAAAUUUAUAUGAUCUCACUCGAUUGCACAAGAGUAAAAAGUUCGGGCCUUUCCAGAGGUUCCUCACGCAGAGGACAACGUUCCUGACACUGAGGACAACGUUCCUGACGCUGAAGACAAGGUUCCUGACGCUGAGGAAAAGGUUCCUGACGCUAAGGACACUAGGUUCCUGACGCUCAUAACAAGAUUCCUCACGCUGAGGACAAGGUUCCUGACGCUGAGGACAAGGUUCCUGACACUGAAGACAAGGUUCCUCACGCUGAGGACAAGGUUCCUGACAUUGAGGUCAAGGUUCCUCUCCCUUAGGACAAGCCUCCUGACGCUGUGGUCAACGUUCCUGACGCUGAGAACAAGGUUCCUGACGCUGAGGACAUGCUUACUGACGUUGAGAACAAGCUUUCUAACGCUGAGGACGAGGUUCCUGACGCUGAGGACAAGGUUCCUGACGCUGAGAACAAGGCUCCUGACGCUGACGACAAGGUUCCUGACGCUGAGGACAAGGUUCCAGACGAUGAGAACAAGGUUGCUGACGCAGACAACAAGUUACCUGACGCAGAGGACAAGGUUACUGACGCUGAGGAGAAGGUUUCUGACGCUGAUAACAAGAUUUCUGACGCUGUGGACAAGAUUCCUGACGCUGACGACAAGGCUGCUGACGCUGAGGACAAGGUUCCUGACGCUGAGGACAAGGUUUCUGACGCUGAGGACAAGGUUCCUGACGCUGAGGACAAGGUUGCUGACGCUGAGGACAACGUUCCUGACGCUGAGAACAAGGUUUCUGACGCUGUGGACAAGGUUCCUGACGCUGAGGACAAGGUUGCUGAGGCUGUGGACAAGUUUCCUCACGCUGAGGACAAGGGUGCUGACGAAGAGGACAAGGUUCCUGACGCUGAGGACAAGGUUUCUGACGCUGAGGACAAG